UGAGCCCUGAGCCCGGGACUCGCCGCCCUCCGGGGCCGGCGCGGAGCUUCGGCACGGCGGGAGCGCGGGCCUCGGCGCGCCCCGGGGUCCGCGCGGGGAGGCGCUGCCCCACUCGCUGCCGACCCCUCGCGCCCUCCCGCCGUGCCCGCGCGCCAACUUCCCCAAGAACGCCCAACUCCAGGCCGCCGUGCCGGGCGCCGGCGGGGAGGGCGCGCCCCUGGCCCCGGGGAGCCGGCCGGCAUCUCCGCGGAGGCUCGGGCGCCCCUGAGUGGGCGGCGGCGGCCGGCUCUCGGCGCAGCGCAGGACCCGCCAGCCCCGCGACUCCCCCGGCAGCCGCUCGCCGGCUCUUGUAUGGUCGCGACACCCACCAGGGUCCCGGGAGGGGCGACUGGCAGUGUGGGGUUUUGUCUCCUCGCUCAGCUAUCAUUGAAGGCCCGGGGCGUCCGGGGACGUCGGAGCUUGGGCCCCUGCCCCAGCCCGGUAGAGGCUGCGGAGGUGUGCGGUCCAGAAGUCUGGUACCCAGCCCGGAGGCCCCCGCGAGGUAGCGGUGGCCCGCGGCGGCCCCCUCCCGGCAGCGCACCAUGGGCCAGAAGCUGUCGGGGGGCCUCAAGUCGGUGGAGGUGCGCGAGCCGGCGCUGCGACCGGCCAAGCGGGAGCUGCAGGGCCCGGAGCCGGGGCGGCCGGCGCGGCUGGACCAGCUGUUGGACAUGCCCGCCGCGGGGCUGGCGGUGCAGCUGCGGCACGCCUGGAACCCCGAGGACCGCUCGCUCAACGUCUUCGUCAAGGACGACGACCGGCUCACCUUCCACCGGCACCCGGUGGCCCAGAGCACGGAUGGCAUCCGGGGCAAGGUGGGCCACGCGCGCGGCCUGCACGCCUGGCAGAUCAACUGGCCGGCCCGGCAGCGUGGCACCCACGCCGUAGUCGGCGUGGCCACGGCUCGGGCACCUCUGCACUCGGUGGGCUACACGGCCCUGGUGGGCAGUGACGCCGAGUCGUGGGGCUGGGACCUGGGCCGCAGCCGCCUCUACCACGAUGGGAAGAACAGGCCCGGAGUGGCCUACCCCGCCUUCCUGGGGCCCGAGGAGGCCUUCGCGCUGCCGGACUCGCUGCUCGUGGUGCUGGACAUGGACGAGGGCACGCUCAGCUUCGUCGUGGAUGGCCAGUACCUGGGCGUGGCCUUCCGCGGCCUCAAGGGCAAGAAGCUGUACCCGGUGGUCAGUGCCGUGUGGGGCCACUGCGAAGUCACCAUGCGCUACAUCAACGGCCUUGACCCCGAGCCCCUGCCGCUGAUGGACCUGUGCCGGAGAUCCAUCCGCUUGGCCCUGGGCCGCCAGCGCCUACAAGACAUCGGCGCCCUGCCCCUGCCUCAGUCUCUCAAAAACUAUCUGCAGUACCAGUGAGGCUGCGGAGCAGCAGUGGGUACCCACAGCCAGCAGGGCCUGUCAUUCGUGGUCACGCAGUACCUUCAGGAAGGAGCACCAGGACACACAGUUCUUUGAAAGGACCAGGACACCUUUCCCAACCUGGAGAACGAAACAUCUCUUGCCAACAGUAUUUGCGGCCUUGGUAAGUCAGGCACCUCCUUGGUGGCCGUGAUGAGCCCGGAGCCUACGCCCAGCCGAGAUCCCACCUGCCCACCGAGACCCAGCGGCCACCGGUAUUGCUCAGAGAGCCGGUCUCCUUCUUGGAGAGAAUGAAUAGAACAUCUGGGCAGGAGGCACUUCUAUUGCGUGCUCUGGUGCAGACAGGGCCGGGGAAGCUGGCCGGCUCGGGGAGAAAAUUGCCUCUGAAUAAUGAAUGAUGAAAGCAGCUUGAUGCGGGUGCCCCCCCCCCCCGGGCCCCCACCCCUCGACACUUUAGGACGCUGUGCCCCUUUGCAAGGCUGUUCCCCAGGGAUGCCCAACUGCAGCAUUGGCAAGUGGACAACGCAGUGUUUGGACCCCUUGCAGCUUACCUCUCUGAACAUUGUUUACUCUCCCCUUCAGCACCCUCUGUCCCCCCCGCUGACCCGCAGCUCUCGGGCUCCCCCAGGCACCUCUAUUCAGGGAAGCUGAGUCUAACUCACCCCAGGGACAGAGAGUAUCCUUAGUAGUAGUAGUAGUAGUAUCUUCAAUCACGCUGCAUUGUAAAAGAGGAACGUGGUGAGGGCAGUACUUAGUCCAAAGGUGCUAAAGGGGGGAUUUGGGGCACUGUGCCGCCCAAGUGGAUGAUGUCCUCAGGCUGGGGAGCCUUCCUGGGGUGCUGGGAGGGUCUCUAGGCAGCCGUCCGUUCUGGAGGUGCCUGGCUGCCGCAAAGCUUUAUUGGAGCGAAUUAUUUUUUCACUUUAGGAGACAUGUACAAGUUUGUUUCUGUUUCAAGUGUGUGUGUGAUGUGCUGUUUAUUUAUCAGCUGGGGGCCCCAGGGGCAGCCCUGUAACCGGGAGGGUGGACGCGGGCGGCCCCUUCUCUGCCUGCCCCCUCCCGGGGACGCUGCUGCUGCUGCCGCUGCAGCCACCGUUGGGCAUCUCUCGUGUGUUCCUGAAGCUCUCUGCCCAGACCCGUUUUCAACUGGAAAUUGCCACAGCAGUGGGAUUCCAGAGCCCCAGACGGCACUGCCUCCCCCCACCUCAAUGUGAAUUUGACUGAUGAAUGAGGAGCGUUUCUAAUAAAGUUUGUCGUUCAGUC